GCUGCUCCCGUCUCGACUUAAACCGCUUCCGUGGGGGACAAUUCCGCGGCUACCCCAGGUUCGGAACGCUGCCGCGGUCAGAUGCCGAGGGAAACCAGAGGCCUCUAAAACAAAUACAAGCGACACCAUGCCAGUAGUUCCAGCUGUAGCCGCGCCUCCACUUCCCGAGCUGGGUCUUGUCUUGUUCUUCUGUCUCAGCAUCAGCUCUUUUCUCUGGGAUUACAUUUAGUAGUAUUGCAGAGCUUCGCAUGCAAUUGAAUCGUGGCACGCAGGCCGAGAACCUCCAAACACAAUGCCGUCGCUAGCCCGAACUUGCCGCACAGCUUCACUCUUCUCGCGGAGCACGACGAAGACAUACUUCAACGUCGCCCGCAGCUUCUCGACGACUUUCCGCCGCAAUGAGAUCAACAAGAUUUAUUCCUCGCCCGCGGCCGCAAUUGAGGGCAUGCAGUCCGACAGCACGCUCCUCUGCGGUGGCUUCGGCCUCUCCGGUGUCCCGGAUACCCUCAUCAACCAAGUGAAAGAUACGCCGUCCAUCACCGGGCUCACCGCCGUGUCGAACAACGCCGGAGUCGUGGGCUCAGGGCUCGGACUGCUGCUCGAGAGCAAGCAGGUUAGCAAGAUGAUUGCGAGCUAUGUUGGGGAGAACAAGGUGCUGGAGCAGAUGUAUCUCCACGGCGAACUCGAGCUCGAACUCACGCCCCAAGGCACGCUGGCCGAGCGAUGCCGCGCAGGCGGUGCGGGCAUCCCCGCUUUCUACACACCGGCAGCCUUCGGGACCGUCGUGCAGACCGGCGAGCUCGCACUGAGGCACAACAAGGACGGCUCCGUCGCGCAGUACUCGACGCCGCGCGACGUCAAGGUUUUCAGCGGGAAGUCGUACGUCAUGGAGGAAGCGAUCAAGGGCGACUACGCCUUCAUCAAGGCCUACAAGGCCGACCGCUUGGGCAACCUGCAGUUCCGGUAUUCAGCGCAGAACUUCAACGGCGCAAUGGCGCGAAAUGCCAAAGUAACCAUCGUGGAAGCCGAGCACAUCGUCGAAGUCGGCGACAUCGAGCCGCACGCGGUCCACGUCCCCGGCAUCUACGUCGACCGCGUGAUCCAGUCCACGGCGUCGAAGAACAUCGAAAAGGUCGUCAACGCAAAGGACCCCCAGGACGCCGUCAGCGCGCUGGGCGCCGGCGACGCCGCCAACAAACGCGAGCGCAUCGUGCGCCGCGCAGCCAAGGAGUUCAAGAACGGCAUGUACGCCAACCUGGGCAUCGGCAUGCCCAUGCUCGCGCCCUCCUUUGUCGACCCCUCCAUCGAGCUGCAGCUCCAGUCCGAGAACGGCAUCCUCGGGCUAGGCCCCUACCCGCAAAAGGGCGCCGAAGACCCGGAUCUUAUCAACGCCGGCAAAGAAACCGUCACGCUGCUGCCCGGCGCGUCGACGUUUGGUUCCGAAGAGUCCUUCGGCAUGAUCCGCGCGGGCAAGAUCGACCUCACCAUCCUGGGCGCCAUGCAGGUCAGCGCGCGGGGCGACCUGGCCAACUGGAUGCUGCCGGGCAAGGUGAAGGGGUUCGGCGGGGCGAUGGACCUCGUGAGCAACCCGAGCGCGACGAAGGUGGUGGUUACGAUGGAGCACACGGAUAAAAAGGGUAGGCCGAAGAUUUUGAAGCAGUGCGAGUUUCCCUUGACGGGGAAGGCGUGCGUGAGCAGGAUUAUUACGGAUUUGUGCGUGUUUGAUGUUGACUUCACCGAGGGCCUCACGUUGAUUGAGGUAGCGGACGGCGUGACCGUUGACGAAGUGCGGUCGAAGACGGGCGCCGACUUUAAGGUUGCCGACCCUGUGAAGCCCAUGUUGUAAAAGCUGUUUUGAUCUGAAUAUCGCAUUGUAUAUACCACGCGGCGUUGAGAUUUGACGGACCUCCACUGUAUUUGAGCUAGGCUACCCUAAGAAAGCAACGUUGUGCAUCUGCAUCCCAAGUCCUGCUCGCAAUCACCCCGUAUGCUUGGGCCGUGCGCACAUGUUUGUCACUCACUCUGUAUCUACAGCUCCAACCAAACAGCAGCCCCGCCCGCGAUGCUAUAUCGCCCAAACUUCCUGUAUGGCCGCACAAGUAGACCUAUAAUACAGUUCUCUAGCCAGCCAGUCGCAUGCAUCAAAUCAUAAACAAACGAAGGACCACGCACGGACCGAC